AUGAAGACGGAGUUUAAGUUCUCCAAUCUCUUAGGGACUGUUUACAGCCAAGGCAACCUUCUCUUCAGUCCAGAUGGAUCAUGUCUAUUUUCUCCAGUAGGAAAUAGAGUCACAGUUUUUGAUUUAGUAAAUAAUAAGUCGCAUACACUUCCAUUCGCACAUCGAAAGAAUAUAGCAAGAUUGGGACUUGCGCCGCGAGGAAACUUAUUACUUUCAGUCGAUGAAGAUGGCCGCGCGAUAUUGACCAAUGUACCGAGACGGAUUGUCCUGCACCACUUUUCUUUCAAGUCAGCUGUAUCCGUCAUAUCCUUUUCGCCAUCUGGACGCCAUUUUGCUGUGGGAGUUGGUCGAAUGAUCGAAGUAUGGCACACACCCUCAACACCAGAUACAAAUUCGGAGGGGGAGUUAGAGUUUGCGCCAUUUGUGAGACACAGAGUAUAUACCGGUCACUAUGAUACUGUUCAAAGCAUCGAAUGGUCGAGUGAUUCUCGUUUUUUCCUUAGCGCAGCAAAAGAUUUGACAGCCCGGAUAUGGAGCUUGGAUCCAGAAGAAACUUUCAUACCUACUACAUUGGCGGGCCACAGGGAAGGUGUUAUGGGUGCAUGGUUUUCGAAAGAUCAGGAGACUAUUUACACAUGUAGUAAGGAUGGAGCAGUAUUCCAAUGGUCGUAUAUACGGAACCCCAAUGCCCCCGAGCCAGAGGACGAGGAUGAGGAGAUGGAAAAUCCGGAUGACGACUCUCACAUGCAAUGGAGAAUUACGGAGCGACAUUACUUCCUACAGAACAACGCUAAGGUCAAUUGUGUUGCAUACCACGCCGAAACGAAUCUUUUGGUUGCCGGAUUCUCGAAUGGUGUAUUUGGACUCUACGAAAUGCCAGAAUUCAAUAUGAUCCACACCUUAAGUAUCUCACAAAACGAUAUUGACUUCGUCACAAUCAACAAGUCUGGAGAAUGGCUGGCAUUUGGAGCCUCAAAGCUGGGGCAACUUUUAGUUUGGGAAUGGCAAUCAGAAUCAUAUAUCCUGAAGCAACAAGGCCAUUUCGAUUCAAUGAAUUCUUUAGUUUACUCUCCAGAUGGACAAAAGAUUAUCACCACUGCAGACGACGGAAAGAUAAAAGUCUGGGAUGUGAAUACUGGUUUCUGUAUAGUCACUUUUACAGAACAUACCAGUGGAGUCACGGCUUGCGAAUUUGCGAAGAGAGGAAAUGUUCUUUUCACAUCAAGUCUUGACGGUUCGAUAAGAGCAUGGGAUUUGAUAAGAUAUCGAAAUUUCCGUACUUUUACAGCGCCCACUAGACUUUCAUUCUCAUCCUUAGCAGUCGAUCCCAGUGGCGAAGUCGUUUGCGCGGGAUCUUUAGAUUCUUUUGAUAUCCAUAUUUGGUCUGUACAGACUGGCCAAUUACUAGACAGAUUAUCAGGUCACGAAGGACCUGUGUCAUCACUGGCUUUUGCGCCAAAUGGAGGUGUAGUAGUAAGUGGAAGCUGGGAUCACACAGUCAGAAUUUGGUCCAUUUUUGACCGGACACAAACGAGCGAACCGCUUCAACUUCAAGCGGAUGUAUUAGACGUUGCAUUUCGUCCCGAUUCGCUACAGCUUGCUGUCUCAACCCUGGAUGGACAGUUGACAUUCUGGUCUGUUUCAGAGGCUGAACAGCAAUCAGGUGUUGAUGGCCGAAGGGACGUUUCAGGUGGUCGAAAAAUAACCGAUCGAAGAACCGCCGCUAAUGCCGCGGGCAACAAAAGUUUCGGCUCCCUUAGAUAUAGCGCAGAUGGAUCUUGUGUUCUCGCAGGAGGUAACAGCAAGUACAUCUGUUUGUAUUCGGUAGACUCCCUUGUCUUAUUGAAGCGAUUCACCGUCAGCGUCAACCUAUCCCUAUCCGGAACGCAAGAAUUUCUCAACAGCAAACUUUUGACCGAAGCUGGACCAGCCGGUCUUAUCGAUGAACAAGGCGAAGCCUCCGAUCUCGAAGACCGCAUCGAUCGAACUCUACCCGGAUCAACCCGCGGUGGAGAUCCUUCCGCCCGCAAAAGACUCCCCGAAGUCCGCGUUGCUGGCGUGGCUUUCUCUCCAACAGGGCGAUCUUUCUGCGCAGCCUCAACAGAAGGUCUCCUCAUCUACAGUCUCGACACCAUGCCCCUCUUCGACCCUAUCGAUCUCGAUCUCGCCGUCACCCCCUCCUCCACCCUCCACGUCCUCAACAUCGAGAAAGAUUACCUUAAAGCCCUCGUCAUGGCAUUCCGUCUCAACGAAGCUCCGCUCCUCCGCCAAGUCUUCGAAGGCAUCCCACACCCCAAUAUCGCCCUCGUAGUCGCUGAAUUGCCAGUCGUUUACAUUCCCCGUCUAUUACGUUUUGUAGCUAUGCAAACAGAGGAAUCCCCCCAUCUGGAAUUUUGUCUUCUCUGGGUCCAAUCAAUACUCGUUUCCCAUGGUCAAUGGGUGGGCGAUAAUAGAAUUCUAGUAGAUUCAGAGCUGAGGAUUGUGGGGAGAGCAGUGGGCAGGAUUAGAGACGAUUUGAGGAGGUUGGCGGAUGAAAAUGUCUACAUGAUUGAUUAUCUACUUAAUCAACCGAUCGAAAAGGGAAUCGAGAGUGCAGAUGCUGGAGAGAAGGAUGUAGUGGUAAAAGAUGUGGAUAUUAAUGAUGAUGAUGAUGAGGCGGAAUGGAUUGGUCUAGAUUAG